AUGGACCGCUGGCAAAACAAAGUAGCUGUAGUAACAGGAGCGAGUUCAGGUAUUGGUGCAGCAAUUGCCGUAGAUUUGGUCAAAAGUGGUUUGAUUGUGGUCGCCCUGGCUCGACGUGAGGAACGCUUUCGAGAGAAUCAAUGCGCUCUCCCAGAAAAUGUACAAUCCCGGUACCAUCCUAGAAGAUGUGAUGUUACCAAUGAAGAUGAAGUGAAGAAUACUUUCGCCUGGAUAGAGACAAAAUUUGGAGGGACUGAUGUUCUUGUUAACAAUGCCGGUAUUAUAGCUAUAGGACUAGAGCUAUCAGGCGCAGACAAUACUCAGCCUAUUCGGAAUAUCGUGGAGACGAAUAUCAUGAGUGUGGUGUAUUGUGUUCGGGAGGCGUUCAAUUCGAUGAAAAAGAGAAACUUUGAUGGACACAUUGUUAUAAUAAAUAGCGUGCUUGGGCAUAACGUUCCGAUGUCAGCUGUAGGGUCUUUGAAUAUCUAUCCUCCUUCCAAGUUUGCAGUGACAGCAAUAGUUGAAACGUACCGUCAAGAGUUUGCGAAUGCAUUAACAAAAGUUAAAGUUACGAGUGUCAGUCCUGGGGGUGUUUUAACGGAAAUAGUGCCGAAUAUGGAAGCAUUUAGUGACGCUGGUCAUCCAUUUUUGAAUGCUGAGGACAUAUCCAAUGCUGUAUUGUAUGUGUUGAGUACGCCGCCUCAUGUCCAGAGUAUCAGCCCUGGGGGUGUCUUAACUGAAAUAAUACCUAACAUGGAAGCUUUCCAAGACACGGGUUAUCCACUUUUAAAUGUUGAGGAUAUAUCUAACGCUAUACUGUAUGUAUUAAGUACACCGCCUCAUGUUCAGGUGCAUGAAUUGACUAUCAAACCUAUUGGAGAGAAAGUUUGAACAACUAAUUCGCAUAUUGGCUGCGAAUAAAUAAACAUAUAUAAAGUGCUGCAUCUACCUUGGAUUUUUCUUCCUUAAAGUUUCUGCGAUUACAUAUUUUUCAUUUUUAGGAUUUUCUGGAAAAUAAAACCUAAUUAUAGAAUA